AUGGCGGUACCGGAAACACAACAAGGGUGGAGAGUGGUCAGGCAAGGCCUACCAAGUAAAGCCCUUGCUUUUCAGACAUUCCCUGUCCCAAAGAUUCGAGAUGGAGAAGUUCUUGUAAAGAUCGAAGCAGCGGCGUUGAAUCCUGUGGGAUACAAAUUGAUGCAACUGCUGCCUAACCUGUUCUCCCAUCGUCCGCACGUAGCUGAACACGACUUUACUGGAAUCAUUGUCGAUGCUGGGUCCUCGAACUAUAAGGUUGGAGAUGCAGUACUUGGAUUCAUACCAGUUCCAACUCAGCAGAAGAACGGACAGGGCGCACUGGCUCAAUACGUCUCUGUCUCCACUGGGUACAUAGUACCUCGCCCUCCGUCACUAGUAGCAACUCAGGCAGCCGGCUUAUCUCUCGCCGGUGUGACAGCGUACCUCGCCAUCGCACAAUUUCUGGAUGUUGAAAGUGGUCAACAUAUCUUGAUCAACGGAGGGUCGUCUAGUGUAGGGAGCUUGGCCAUCCAGAUCGCCAAGGCGCGGGGUUGCAAUGUUACUGCUUCUUGCUCAACCGCCAACAUUGACCUAGUCAAGGACCUAGGUGCUGAUGAGGGGGGCAACAACGAUAAGGUUAUCGACUACACCGUGCAACCAGUUCAUGCACAUUUUACAUCCAACCCCCCCACGCCCAAGUUUCACGGCAUUUUUGAUUGCGUUGGCAACACGCCUCUGCUAUUCCUUCGUAGCCCUGCAUACCUUGCUCCGAGUGGCAAAUUCAUUAGCACGGGCCCUAGCAUGGACAAGCUCAGUCAAUUCCCGAGUGCUAUAUGGAACUUGGUUCAAACUACUUUGUGGCCUCGUUGGCUGGGCGGUGUACCCAGGCACCAUGAAACCAUCGUUGGCUUGACAUCGAUCGACAAGUGUCUGAGUGAGAUUACCAAGUUAGUUAAUGAUGGGCAACUUCGACCCCUAGUGGAUUCGGUGCAUUCAUUCGACGAAGUUCUUAAUGCAUAUGACAGAAUUAUCACCCGUAGAGCAAAGGGCAAGGUCGUCGUCACUAUCAAUUAG